AUGAAACAAUUAAAUGUAUCAGCCAACAAUAUUUCAUCAUCAGCCAUGAUGAUAAAAAGAAGAACUUUAUGGGUCGUCACUUGUGGUUUGCUUGUGGUACUAUCUGCUGUUUAUGCAGCAAGUGGAUAUCAAAGACUUACAAAAGCUUUAUACGGAGUAUUAAAUCCAUGUUUUUUCUGCCUCCAAUGUGAAAUUGCUGAUGGAGAUGCAAUUGUAGUAGAGAAUAAUCCUGCAAAUUUAACUUCAUCUAAAUUAUAUCCUUGGCAAGCAGCUCCAGCUGUACUUUAUUUUGUCGUUUCUGAAGCUCUUGAUAAUGAACCUAUUGAGAUUGCAAUUAAUUUUCCAAUCAAGGAAACAAUACUUGUAGUGUCCUCUGAUAAGAGAGUCACUUUUAAACUAAAGAUUUCAGAUGAAUACAAAUCUUUUGGACCAAGGUUGACUCAAAUUUAUGUGAAUGGUCCCUUGAAGAAUAGUAUUGAUUUGGACACUACAGUUUUCAAUCCAACAAUCAAGUAUUUUUGUGAUGAAUCUCAAUGUGACAAUCCAGCCAUUCGUGUUACAAAUGGUUAUUAUUGGUCUAGUGGUGGGAAAAGUCUUCAAAGUCAAAUGGAAAGUUAUGUGGGAAGAACUUUUACAUCAUUUGUUGGUUGUGAAAGAGCGAGAUUUUUCAAAUUAGCCAAUGAUUUGAAUAGAGAUGGAUGUGAACCUUUGAGUGGUGGUGCCAUUGCAGGUAUAGUGGUAGGAGUAACUGUACCUGUACUGGCAUGUUGUUGUGGUAUCAUAUUAGGAUUAAUUAGAGUGUGUAUUUCCUGUAUUGGUAAAUAA